AUGGACCAACUUGAAUUCAUCGACACCAAGGUACUGAACCGAAGUAUUGAAGAGCCACUGGGUGUUGAUUUGGGCGCUAUGGUACCAGGCAACCGGGAAGCUUUCACCCGAUUCGUCUCAGCUUUCUACGGCAUCAUUUGCGUCGUCGGACUCGCAGGCAACCUGAUGGUUGCCGUUGUGCUGCUCCGGGUUCGAACUCUACGGUCAAACACCAGUGAUUUCUUGGUUCAUCUCUCCGCUGUAGAUUUCAUGGUCUGCAUUUUGGUCAUCCCUACGAAUCUAGUACCGGCGCCCAGCCCCACUCCAAACCCAGGACUAUGGGGUGAAUUUUUGUGUCGAUUUUUCAUGUCUGGUUUCGUUUUUUGGUUCUUUACGGUAAACUCAGUUUUCAGUCUGAUUGCCGUGAACUUGGAGCGGUACGUAGCCAUCGUACACCCGCACAAAUACAAGACUGUAUUCACCAAACGAAAUAAGUACAUAAUGAUCGCAACUUGCUGGAUUCUUGCUGUGGUCACCCAUUCCUUUCACUUCUUCGUUUUUGAUGAAGUUGAUGUGGUUGGAUGCCAACGUUUGGGGUGGCGGAAUCUGUUUGCUAGAUCAGCUUACGGAUUGUACAAUUUUACAAUCAACUUACUAAUUCCAUUGGCCGUGAUGGUGUUUGCCCAACUCAGGGUUAUUUCGACUCUGAACACACAAGUCAAGAUGUUGACUGCACGUGCAGCCACCGGUAUCGGUCCAAAUGACCAGCAUGAAAUGUGGCAGCUCAGAGCAUCUCAAUCGCUGGUAAAGACUCUCCUUGCCUGCGUCAUAUCAUUCGCCGUGUGUUGGACUCCGACCCACCUUGUCUACUUGCUUUUCAACUUUGGUGUUCCCGUUCAGCUUGAGUCCCCGUUUACGCAUAUGACUAUUGCCUUAGCGGUGGCUAACUCCUGCCUGAAUCCAAUCAUUUAUACUCUGCUCAACAAGCCAUUCCGUAAAGGGAUCAGGGGAGCGUUUUGUAAGCAGCGGGAUUCGAACCGGGUUGGUGAGGGAGGUGGACCUACUGCUACUGUGACUGUGGCCGAAACACUGCCAUAG